AUGGAAGAACCUUUGGAUUCAGCCAUUAAAUGUAUUGAAGAACUUUUGAGACAGCCUGAUGAUUUGUACAAAUUGGACAAUUUAAUUACGCAAUUUUCUAGAAAAAAAUCAUCAGUAGAUGCUCAAAUUAAGGCAAUUAUUAAAGACCAAUUAUCUAUUAUUCGAUCAGGAUUGGCAUUUUUAAGUUCUACACAACAACACAUGUAUUCUAUAAAAGAUAAUAUGUUUAAGAUUGAUAAAUUAUUCUCAGAAUCUCGAAUGAUAGAAAAGUUUUCUAUAAUAGAUAAUGCAUCUAAAAUUUACAAGAACUUUAAUGACGUACAAAAAAUGACUGAAAAUCUACGAAAUAUACCAAAAGAACUAGAUAAAAUAGAUACAAUGAUGAAGCAAGAUGAAGAAGAUGAAACACUAAGAAUGCAAAACUUUUUAAAUAUUCAUUAUAAGCUUGUCCAAUUACAAAAUUUUAGAGAUCAAGCAAUGUAUCAAAGUAGAAAUGCUGGCCAGGAUGUUCAAAGAAUACUUGAACGUUAUUUUUCUAGGUUAAAUUCUAUUUCAAAAUUAUUUGAAAAUAUGCUUUGGAUCCUUACACAAGAUAUUUUGAAAAUUGUGAGAAAUGGAAACCACGAUUUGGUUAUACGUUUGGCUAAAGUUAUUGAUACAGAGGAUAGACUUGAUAGAGAAUUUUCCGAAAUUGAAAAAUUAAAAGAAAAUAAUAGAGAAUUAGCAUGCAGGCUUAAAACAAUUCAUGAUAGUCCUCGUAUUCUUCGUAACUAUAAAGAACGAUUCUUUGAGGAAAUAAAGAUUUCUAUUGAUAUAAAUUUAAAGGAAUUUCAAGAAAGAUUUAAGUUUGAUUAUUCAGGGAUUUUGGAAAAUAUCUUUUGGAUAUUCGAUGAUUUACAUCUUGUAAACCAAGAAAUUACUAAUCUUGUCCCACUUAAAUGGAAUAUAUUUGAAGUUUUUCUUAACUUUUAUCAUGCUGGUAUUUAUGAUAUUUUAAAAAAUAUAAUGUACGAUGAACCAGAUGCAAAAACUAUUCUAAAAGUGUUGGAAUUUGUAAAGAAAUAUUAUUUAAAAAUGAAUAAAGAACUUGGUGUUACUCGGGAUAAAUUAAUUCCUAGACUCUUAGAUGGAAAAGAAUCAGAAAUUGUUGAUGAUUAUUUAAGAUUGAUUGUUAAAAAAAUGAAAGAAUGGGUUUCUAACUUGUCAAAGAAGGAAUUUAAUAGCUUUAUUAGAAGAGAAGAACAACCAGAAGUUGAUACUGACAAUUUAUAUGGCAUGCCUGGUGCUGUAAUAAUGUUCCAAAUGAUAAGUCAGCAAAUGGAUGUUGCUGCUGAGAGUAAUCAAAGUAGAGUACUUCUUGGUGUUGUUUUAGAAUGUUCUAAGAUACUUCAACAACAUAGAGAAGCAUGGGGGGAUCUUUUGCAUUCUGAAGUUAUAAAACAAAUUGAACAACCUAAUGAUAUUCCUGGAGGCUUGGUUGAAUAUAUUAUUGCAUUAGCCAAUGAUCAAAUACGUUGUGCAGAUUAUACUGAAGCCAUUUCAGCACGUAUUUUGCCCUGGGUCUCUGAAAAAUACAAAUUAGAAAUAUCAGAAUGCCUUAGCAAAACAACAGAUGGGUUUCUUGAUCUUUCUCAUAAGUGUAUAAUCUCUCUUCUUAAACUUAUUUGCAACGAUCUUAAAUCUGCAUUUUUAUUUUUUUUUACACCAGUAUGGUAUGGGGGUAAUCAUAUGUCUUUAAUCAUGGAUACAUAUAAAGAAUAUCUCGAUGAUUGUAGAUCACAUCUUAAUGAAAAUCUUUUUGGAAUUUUGGUGGAAGAUCUUUUAACUGAAUUUUUAGUUUUAUAUUUAUCAUGUGUACGAAAUAAAGGUUGUAGGUUUAAAAUGCCUAAUUGCAUUGAACAAAUAAAAAACGAUGUACGAUUAGCAUUUGGAUUAUUUGCACGAUAUAUAAAUCCUAAAGAAUUAGAAUAUCAUUUUAAUGUUAUUGAGAGAAUGCUGACUUUAUUAUCUACAACUCGCACAUUAUUUUUUCAAGAUUAUAUGGCAUUUAAACAUGAUUAUUGGGAUCUUCCUUUUUGGUAUGUAGAAGAUCUUUUGACUAAAAGAGACGACCUUGAUAAAAGUACUGUAAAAGAAAUGCUAGAAACUAUAAAACGUGAAGAAGUGCAAACUAAUGAAGUUCAUAAUAACAACAUUACGAUUAUGUCAAAACUUAAAAAAUAA